CACUGUCAAAAAUUGAUGCCUUUGAGGCAAAAAUCGUGAGACGCUGUCAAAAAUUGGUGCCUUUGAGACAAAAAUAGUUGAGACGUUUGUGUUACACACAUUUACGUGAACUUGGACCGAAAGAGUGCGUAAAGCUGAUGAGUUCCCGGCCUACUGUUCGAAUCGCAGACAAUGAAGCGUUUAUACUGAUGCUAGGAGAAAUAACCUUACUAUGUUUCGUAGUAUUUGUUUGGUGCGUUGGUGUGUGCUCAUAGUUUGAGUAUAAGAAUUGAAAACUUUUAAAGUGUAUAGUUUAGUAGACCGAAAGCAACGAUUGGCAUCGGAUCACGUUCGGGAUAUUUCAGCCACAACGACAAGUUAAAAAGGCAGAUUUAGUUGUACACUGUGCUCUGAGAGUCGUAUUUAAGUGUGAACCAAAAAUUGAAUUUAUUACGCUGUUCCUUUAAGUGGGUCACAAUUCGCAAAUUACCUUUUAGCACGUGUCUACUGAUAUACUGCAAGUAUGCUACAAUCAUUACUUCGGCUACUGACGAUAUUUGCGGUAAUCCUUACGGCGACCGCCCAGGAGCGAUGGUCAUGGUCAGGAGGGGGAAAUAACGACAGUAGGAAUAAUGCCAAAAAUGAUGUCGAUCGAUACAACGUGCGUAGCGAUGUGUUGGAAUUCCUAGGCACUGGGUCUCAAGCAGCAGCAUCAAAUGAAAAACGGAAUACUUUGGCAGUUAGAAAAGGCCGAUACGAGGUAAAAGAAACAACUACCAAAAGGCCAUCAUUCUCAAGGCCACAAAAUGAUGAGUUUUCUGGCGAAUUUGGAGAUGGAAAUCAAUCUAAUGAUUUUGGAUUCAAUCAAAAGUUCGGUGGAGGGGGACUUAUUAAUGGACAAUUUGGGCCAAACCCGUACGGAAUUAACCAUGGCCAACAGGGUGGUCCAGGAGUAUUCCCGUUCCAGGGUGGCAAUGCAUUAGGAGGAGGAGGAUUUUACCCGGGUCAACCACACUUAGGCGGAGGGUAUGGUGGUUUGGGACACGGUUCCGGUGGUAAUGGAAUUCUCGUGGGCCCUGGAGGCCUGACCGGUAUUAUAGGCCGUCCGUAUAACCGGUUUCCGUACGGCGGUGCCGGAUACUAUCCUGGAGGGAACGGAUAUCCCUAUGGUGGAGGAUUCGGAAAUCCGACGUUCAAUGGACAUCCGGGUGGAUUCUUCUCGCCCGGUGGCUAUCCCUCGGGAGGCUAUUUUCCUCAGCUAUUCGGUGUAGGUGGAAUAGGGCCGAGACCGUUCGGUUCAUUCCCAGGUGGAUCUCAAUUCGGUCCACAGUUUGACCAAACCCGCCAAGCCAAUAAGAAAGUGGAAAAGAAAUCAGUCUAACAGAACAACUUGAAGCAUCACUUCAGCUCUACUGAGAUUGUAAGAUAAAAGUUGACUGAUGCAGCUCGUUACAACACUCUUUCAGUGUUUUUUGUUUUUGGUUGUCACCAUGCUAAAAUAGCUUUGUUACUUACCGAUUGUUGUUAUGACGAUAAUAGAAUAAAAAAGAGCUCCAAAAAAUGUCCAUUGAAUUUGAUCCACAUCUUCGUUUCCAUCCCAACCAUCCU